UGGUACAAGUAAAAUUACCCAAGCAUAAUAUCCUUAAUGGCGAGGGGUUCAGUGAAAUGUAACUCAAAUGCCAUAGACGUCAGUGUAAUUUAACAGCACUAAUAAGUCAUCUGUAAUUUAUAGACAAUUGUUGAGGGAGGAUUGUGUAAUUUGCUAUUUUUUAUUUUUAUUUUUAAUUACACAAAAACCCUUCCAAAAGAGAGUCAGUCCACGCUCAAAAUUUUCCCCCUCCCUCUCACAACAUUUCCAUGUGACUCGGAUUGAACAAAAAAGACUCAUCAAAACGAAGAACAGAGACACAGCCACAGACACAGAGUCACAUUUUACAGAGAGAAAGUGAGCGAGAGCUAGAGAGAGAGACAAAGGGGGUCAUCAAAAUGCAAGAUCCAUCGAAUUCAAACCCUAAUUGUGGCCCCUCCGCCUCCUUGAGGCCGGCUCACCACCGGCGUGCCCACUCGGAGAUGAACUUCCGGCUGCCGGACGACCUAGAUCUCGUCGACGCUCCCUCGGGGAGUUUCGACGAGAUCGGAUCCGAGGACGAUCUCUUCUGCACUUACAUGGACAUUGAGAAGCUCGGAUGCAACGCCGCCGAUUUCCCGAUCGACAAUGCCGCCAGUGGCGGAGUAUCCGGAGAGAAGAAUGUGAGGCCUCGACAUCGACAUAGUAAUUCAGUUGACAGUUCGAUUCUUCCUGGCGAGACUAUAGAAGCAAAGAAAGCAAUGGCUCCUGAUAAACUUGCAGAGUUGUGGACGCUUGAUCCCAAGCGAGCCAAGAGAAUUUUGGCAAAUCGACAGUCUGCUGCUCGUUCAAAAGAGAGAAAAGCCCGUUAUAUAACUGAACUUGAGAGAAAAGUUCAGACCCUUCAAACAGAAGCAACCACCCUUUCUGCACAACUUACACUGUUCCAGAGAGAUACAAUAGGUCUGAGUAAUGAAAAUACAGAGCUUAAGCUUCGGUUACAAGCUAUGGAGCAACAAGCUCAGUUACAAGAUGCGCUGAAUGAAGCAUUGAAUCAGGAAGUGGAAAGGCUCAAAAUUGGCACUGGAGAAAUAACAUCCCAAUCAGACACAUACAAUUUCGGAAUGCAACAUUUUCCAUAUACCCAAUCUUCCUUCUAUUCCCAACAACCACAAGGACCUAAUGACCCCCAUCAACAGAUGCAAAUGCCACAGUUUCAUUCCCUCCAGUCGAAUAUGCUAAAUCGCCAGUAUCCUCUGUUCGCAGCAUCCCCAUCACAGGCCUUUUCUGAGAUGUUGCAGCAAGAUUCCCUCGGUCGUUUGCAAGGCCUUGACAUCAAUGGCAGAGGCUCUCAUCUUGUGAAGUCUGAAGGCCCUUCUAUAUCUGCCAGUGAAAGCAGCAGUACGUUUUAAUCCAAAGGAUAGUUAAAUUGUUCAUAGACUGACACACGUUUAGAAUCCCAAAGUACCAUUUCUUCUCAAAUUUAUUUAUUUUUUUAUUAAUUUGAUUGUGAUUGUAGUAAGUCUUUCAAAUUAGUUUUGACUGGUCAGUGAUUUUUUUUUUCUGUCUGUUCAGUUCACAAACCGUUUUCUGUGAUGAUAUGUUGUGUGUGAGAAUAGAAAGUUGGGUGGUGGAGAGUGUUGUAUCUUUCAUACAAUGCCACUUUUCAUUGUUUAUUUUAGUUCAUAUUAUUUUAAACCUUCAUGGGAAGGGGGAGUUCCUCGGUUGACUUUGUACUUCGAUGAACUGAAAGUUCGUUUUGUAUCAUGAUAAUUUAUUCAAUGUUAAAAUCUCUCUCUCUCUC